AUGGUGUUAGCCGAUUUGGGACGCAGAAUCAACUCUGCAGUGGCGGAUGUGUCCAAAGCAAACGUGGUGGAUGAAAGCGUGAUUAGUGGACUCUUAAAAGAGAUCUGUAAUGCGUUGCUGGAGUCGGAUGUCAACGUCAAACUGGUUUCUAGACUCAGAAACAAGCUCAAGGCCACAAUAGACGCUCAAGACAAGCCUGGUGUGAAUAAGAAGAAGCUGAUCCAGAAGGCGGUUUUUGACGAGCUAUGUGAUUUGGUGGACUGUCACCAGAGUGAGAUUUUCAAACCCAAGAAGAAACAAACCAAUGUCGUGAUGUUCGUGGGUCUUCAAGGUGCUGGUAAGACUACGUCGUGUACCAAACUGGCGGUUUACUACCAAAGAAGAGGAUUCAAGGUUGGUUUGGUGUGUGCUGAUACCUUCAGAGCAGGUGCUUUUGAUCAGCUCAAACAGAAUGCCACCAAGUCCAAGAUUCCAUACUACGGUUCUUACACGGAGACUGAUCCCGUUAAGGUUGCAUUCGAUGGUGUUGAGAAGUUCAAGAAAGAGAAGUUUGAGAUCAUAAUAGUGGACACUUCUGGUCGUCACAGACAGGAGGCCGAGUUGUUCGAGGAAAUGGUUCAAAUUGGCGAGGCCGUCAAGCCCAAUCAGACGAUCAUGGUUCUGGAUGCUUCCAUUGGUCAGGCCGCUGAAGCCCAGUCGAAGGCUUUCAAGGAGUCUUCGAAUUUUGGUGCUAUCAUACUGACUAAGUUGGAUGGUCAUGCCAAGGGAGGUGGAGCCAUCUCUGCUGUUGCCGCUACAGAAACCCCAAUUGCCUUCAUCGGUACCGGUGAACACGUCCAUGACUUGGAAACUUUCUCGCCAAGACAGUUCAUUUCCAAGCUACUGGGAAUAGGUGAUAUUCAAGGUCUGAUGGAACAUGUUCAGUCUUUGGACCUGGACCAGAAGGACUCUAUGAAGAAUUUUUCGGAGGGAAAAUUCACCCUGGAGGACUUCCAGACCCAAAUGGGCAACAUAAUGAAGAUGGGUCCUCUUUCAAAGCUUACAAGCAUGUUGCCAGGAGGCCUUGGCCAGAUGAUGAGCCAGGUUGGCGAUGAAGAGACGUCCAAGAGAUUAAAGCGUAUGAUCUACAUUAUGGACUCUAUGACGAAACAGGAGCUCAAGAGUGAUGGAAAGAUUUUCAUCGAAGAACCAACUAGAAUUCUGAGAGUUGCUAGAGGUUCGGGAACUUCAGUCACCGAAGUUGAGCUGGUGCUCAUGCAGCAGAAGAUGAUGGCCAAGAUGGCAUCUAGCACAAAGGGAAUGAUGGGUGGUCCAGGAGGAGCAGGAAUGCCUGGCGGAGCAAUGAACCCCGCCAAUAUGCAAAGAGCAAUGCAGCAGAUGAGAUCGAACCCAGGUAUCAUGCAGAACAUGCAGAAUAUGUUUGGAGGAGCCAUGCCUGACAUGAGUCAAAUGUUCCCCAAUGGUAUGCCUAGUCAACAGGACAUGAUGGGGAUGAUGAACAACCCCCAGAUGAAACAAAUGAUGAAGCAGUUUGGAAUGGGUUGA